AUGCCACGCCCCAACGUCCCCCUCGAAGCUCAUAAGCAAGAGAUCAUUGAUCUUUAUAAAGCUGGUAACUCAGCUGAAACUAUUAGUCUUACUCUACAAAACCAUGGUAUCAACGUCACUGCCCGCACCAUUCAAACUCGUCUACGAGAAUGGAAUGCAAUUACACCUGCCUCAACCCUUCCUCAACGCCAGCAUCUUGAAAGACUUGUUUCUAGUCUUUUCCGGUUUUUGAACACUAAGGAGAUUCUCCAUGUGCUUCAAGAGCAAGAUAUACCCUGUUCAACACGUACACUCUGUAGGAUACGGCAGCGACUUGGCAUUAAGCUUCGUACUAAUGACCCUGAAGAACGUGAGCGACAAAAAGAAGAGAGUAAGGCAUUACUAUAA